AUGCCAGAAUUAAGUAUUGCAAUUGUUGGAGGAGGUGCCACAGGUAAAUCAAGUAUUACCAUCAGACACAUUGAAAACAAAUUCAACACGGAACAAUUCUACGAUCCAACAAUUGAAGAUUCAUACAUGAAAGAAGAAAUUGUUGAUGGAGAAACAUUCUUUGUCGAUAUUCUUGAUACAGCUGGUCAGGAGGAAUUCUACUCACUCAGAGAUGUCUACAUGAGACAACGUGAUGGUUUCAUUCUUGUUUAUGAUGUUACCAACAGAAAAAGUUUGGAUGAGAUUAGAAUAUUCGUCGAACAAGUAAAGAGAGCAAAGAAUACUGAAACAAUUCCAUUCGUACUGGUUGGAAAUAAGUGUGAUUUGACAUCUGAAAGACAAGUCUCUAACACACAAGGCAAAAAUCUUGCAGAAUCAUUACAGAUUAAACACUUUUUCGAAACAUCAGCCAAAACAGGUCAGAACAUUAAUGAAUGUUUCGAAGAAAUUAUUAGAGAAACUAAUUCAAUGCUUAGAAAGAAAUCUAUAGAAAAGAAAAAGAGCUCCACAACUUCUGUUAAAAAGCAAAGGAAGUGUUGUAUCAUGUAA